AUGACCUGCUGUGAAGGAUGGACAUCCUGCAAUGGAUUCAGCUUGCUGGUUCUUCUUCUACUGGGAAUAGGUCUCAACGCAAUCCCUCUAAUUGUCAACUUAGUUGAUGAAGGCCAAGUUUUCAAAAACCCCAUCUCUUGCUUUGAGUGGUGGUUCCCAGGAAUUAUAGGAGCAGGGCUGAUGGCUGUUCCAGCAACAACAAUGUCCUUGGCAGCAAGAAAGAGAGCAUGCUGUAACAACAGGAUUGGGAUGCUUCUGUCGUCACUUCUGAAUGUAAUCACAGUCAUCGGUGCCGUGUACUGCAUGCUGGUAUCUCUACAGGCUCUCUCAGAAGGGCCUCUCAUUUGUAACUCGCAAGUUGCAAACAGCACUUCCAGUUGUGAAUUUUCAUUCAAUAACCUAAGCGACAUCCAUCCGGAACCCAUCAAUCUUCAGUGGUUCUUCAGGGAAACCUGCGUGGCUGCUUCUGAUGUCAGUGAUCCCACCAUCAGCAGUAGCACCGCCAGUAACGGGAGGCACUCUGGCUUUCACUUCAACUCUAAAGAAAACAAACACAGGACGAUCCAUUUAUCAGUGUUCCUGGGCCUACUGAUUGUAGGGAUUCUCGAGGUCCUGUUUGGGCUCAGUCAGAUGGCCAUCGGUCUUCUGGGCUGUCUGUGUGGAGUCACGAAGCGGAGAAGUAGGAUUGUGUAG